AUGGACAACGCCAUGUCCAAACCAGAUGUUAUCCACAAUGAGACCGCCGAGCAGCAGAAGGGUGACAAGGCCGUGGACAACAGCGGUAUCGAGCGUGUCCACAUGACCGAGGAGGACAGCAAGCGCAUUUGUCGAAAGACCGAUCAGACCAUGCUUGUUGUGCUUGCCUGGGUGUACUUCCUACAGAUCCUUGACAAGACAGUACUGGGCUACGGUGCGACUUUCGGUUUACAGGCGGAUACGGGCUUGACGGGCAAUCAAUACUCGCUUGUUGGAUCCAUUGGCCCCAUUGCACAGCUGGCCUGGCAACCAUUCUCGUCAUAUCUUAUUGUUAAGGUCCCCCAUAAGAUCUUGAUGCCGUCUCUGUGUCUUGGAUGGGGUAUUGCGCAGACAUGCAUGGCUGCGUGUCACAACUUCAAUGGACUUAUGGCUGCUCGCUUCUUCCUUGGUCUGUUUGAAGCUGGAUGUCUGCCUCUGUUUGGUGUUAUUACCAGUCAAUGGUAUCGUCGUGCUGAGCAGCCGAUCAGGAUCGCUGCAUGGUACAGUACCAAUGGUCUGGCUACUAUCGUUGCUGCUGCUUUGUCCAUCUUCCUAGUCGUCGGCCUCAUUACCGUCAUCUCCGCCCCAAUCGUCUACUGGCGCCUCGACAAUGACGUUGCAACUGCUCGCUUCCUAAACGAGAAAGAGAGAGCCCAGGGAGUGGAGCGUCUGAGGGCCAACCAGACUGGAGCAGGCAACACGGAAUUCAAGCUGGGUCACGUCUACGAGGCCUGCCUCGAGCCUAAGACCUACCUAUGGAUCGCCAUGGCCUUGCUCCUCAACAUCGGCGCCAGCGUGACCAACAUCUUCGGACCUCUCAUUCUGAGUGGCCUCGGCUACGACAAGUACAGAACUACGCUUCUUACCAUGCCAUUCGGCGCACUGCAAUUCAUCAUCAUCCUGCUGGCAAGUUAUCUCGCCCAAACAGCCCGCCUGAAGAGUGCCAUUCUCGCGGGCUUCAUGAUCCCAACGAUAGCUGGCCUCGCAAUCUUGUUCGCAGUCCCCAGAACCAAAUCAGUGCAGGGCGAGUUGUUGGCCGGCUACUACCUGCUUGCAUUCUUAUUUGGUGGCAACCCCUAA